CCCUUGCCACUCGGUGUCGUCUGUAAUUUAGGAUCUUGACAAAUCUGUAGCAGAUGACAUUAUAAUAUGGAAACAUGGAAUUAGUGAAUAAGUAAGGAUUUAGACAUCAACAGUCGCUCCAAUGGUUGAGUCUCAGGCUAACACCAAUACGAUGAGAAGUAAUGUGGAUGGAUAUGGAUUUGAGAGGGGAGAAGAUUUUGAUCACAACACCUAUGAAGAGUUCAUGGCAAAAUAUAUUUCUAUCCUGGCAAGACGAGCUUCUAAGUGGGAAGUUUUAGUACAAAAUAAAACAUCCUUAGUAAAGUCUAGAAAAGUUAAAAGAUUUUGCAGGAAAGGCAUUCCAAAUGGACACCGUACAAUGGUUUGGAUGUGUGUAAGCGGGGCUGAUGAGAAAAUGAAAAGAAAUCCCGAUACAUACAAAAAACUGUUACUAAGUCAAAAGGACCAUAGUUUAAUGGACACAAUAGAUCUUGAUCUCCACAGAACAUUCCCAGAAAAUAUUUAUUUUGCCACAUCAGACGGGUUACGUAAACCUCUUAGAAAUGUGCUUGGUGCUGUCGCACAUAAAAACCAUGACCAAGGUUACUGUCAGGGAUUGAAUUUUAUUGUUGGUUUAUUAUUACUGCUUAUUAAAGAUGAAGAAAAAGUAUUUUGGUUGAUGGAUACACUCAUCAAUGACUUGUUACCAGAUUAUUAUAACCCUGAUAUGAAAGCUGUGAAGGCUGACCAAGAAUUAUUAGGAGAAAUUAUCAGAUGGAAAGAUCCAGAAGUGUAUGCCCACAUUGAGAAACAUAGUGUUUCAUGGUGUCUAAUUGGUAUUAAAUGGUUUAUAUGUUUAUUUGCUGAUGUUUUACCAGUAGAAACAGUAUAUAGAAUAUGGGACUGUUUGUUUUAUGAAGGUGCUAAGAUAUUAUACAGAGUUAGUGCAAUGUUAGUCAUACAGAACAGAGACAAAUUAUUGGCAUGUAAAUCAUUCACAGAAAUUACAGAUGUUUUUAAAGAAAUGGUUAAUAAUCCAAAUAUUGUGGACUGUCAUACUUUCUUACAGAAAUGUUUCAAUGAACUAGGAUCCUUUCCAAUAGCUAGAUUGAAUAAAAUACAAGGAGAAUGUUCAGAAAAGCUGUGAAUAUCUUGAUAUUUUUUAGAACAUUAACACAAGAAAAGUACAGAGACUAUAAAAGUUUUGAAAGCUUAUGUAAGGUUGCUGGGGAUACAAGGUUUUAUGGUGGUAAAAGGUUUUAAUAUUUUUUAUCAUUACAUUAAAUGCUUAGGAUUUUAGUUUUGUAAGUUUUUUGUUAACCAUACAUGUUCAAAGUAAACAAAAUUUUACCUAUUUCAUUCAGAAGGGGUUUUGAAAUGAUUAUUAUUCAAUGAAUGUGGAAUGACACAAGUAGGGUGAAUUCAUUUUUAUACAUAACACAUAAUGUUUAGUUCACUUUGCCAAUUAUAAGGGUCAGUCAAAUCUGUUUCCAUCUGUGCGUUGACCAUUGUAAACUUACAUGGAAAACUUUGAUCAAAACACCAAAGCAUUAUUGUAUCAAAGUAAAAGAAUGCAAAACAUUUUGAAAGUCAUAUUCAUUUAGAAAUAAAAUAGCAAAAUAUUUCAC